GCAGUGAGCAGUUCGGUUAACGUAGGCCGGGGGCAAUCAGUGGGAUAUAGGGGGAAAGGGGUCCAGGGUGUUUCCUGGGAAGCGGACUAAAACUGAGAGAGUGAGGAAGGGGAGGAAGGGAGGAGGGGGCCACACAGAGAGAGAGCGAGAGCGAGCGAGAGAGAGAGAGAGAGAGAGAGAGAGAGAGAGAGGGUGAAUGGAUCUAUAGAAUGGAGGAGCUCAUCUGCAUUGAAGACGAAGUCAGGUUGACGUUUAAUAGACGAGCACAAAUCAGGGUGAGAGCAAGCGACAGCAACCACAUUCACAUUGCACCUUGUGUCGUCGUCUGGUGUCAUUCUUGUGCUUUUCCCUUCGUCCUUGGUUCUUCUCUACUCUAUGUGGCGAACGGUUCAAUCACAGGCGAUUGCAGCCGCCGCGUACGCAUGCACACUCUCACGCACGCGCUCUGUUGGAUCAUUCCGGUAGACUCUGAUCGGUUGGCGGAACGUAGCCAGCCCCAAGCGCGGGCGAGUCGUCCGUCCGUCCCCUCUUAUCGAACAGCUUGUUGUGUCUGUCUUCCUGCCAUCUUCUUAUUCGUAACAUCGAUUGUGACUAGCACGCCGACAAGAGCAGGGUCGAUUUCUGCUUCUGUGGCGAGCGAGAAGUCCUUUACUGUGGUAUCAUCUGCAUCUGUUAAUUUUGAGGAGGGUAAAGAUCAAGAUCGGACAGGAGGUCGAAGUGAUAGCUCGAAUAAUUCCAACGAGUACGAAUCAGCGGAGGAGACCGGAGGAGGAGGAGAAGAAGGUGAUGCUGAGUGUGACGGAGAGGGCGAGCAGGGGGAUGAAGAGUUUGACGGGCCGGAUACGUCUUCGUUGACGGCGUUUUUGCUGUCUCUAUUGAGCGUCUCGUCGUCGCACAAAAGGGCGCGAAAAAAGCGGGCGAAGAGGACAAAGGACGGAGAAGGACGAGGAAGAGGAGGAGGGGAGACGGGAACAGGAAAGGGCGGGGAUAGGGAAGGGGGGGGGAAGGGGGAUCGCAAAGGUGGAGGCGAAGAGACGUCGACGCUGUGUAGCGGAGGAGAGGGGGAAAGGAACGGCACUACCACCUCAGGGGGAUUCUCUGGGGCCGGUAGCAAGUCCGACAGGGAAGCGACCGGAGCCGGUGCGGAUGACAGAGAGAGAGUCCGACGAGGCUGUAGUGAGACUUCAGAUGUGGCCGACAGCGACGAUAGGGUCGAAAGACGUGGCGGUAACGACAGGCUGGGGGGAAGAAGAGCGAGGGUACAGGACGGCGAGGGAAGGGGAGAAGGAGGAGGAGAAAGCGAGAGAGAGGACCUUGACUACUCGGGAGAUUCUCGCGGCGGCGACGAUAGCAACGCAUCGGAAGCAGUCAGAAGGGGAAGAAGCCGGAGACGGCAAAGGGGGCGGCGUGAGGCACAGAGAAGCGGAGGAGGAGGAGGAGGAGGUGGAGGUGGUGGAGUUCUCAAGGAGUCGGAGGAUUCACACGGCUGUUACGACGACGCCGACGUAGUCGAUUGGCAGUUGGUCUGCCCUGCUGACGUGGACGACCUCUCUUCUUCUCGCGCUGCUGGCGAUAGCCAGGGGGACCACCUUGCGCACGCGGCGGCUAACCAGCCCGCCAAGACGGGUAACAGUAUGUCCACCGUUGGGGGGUGUAGAACGACUCCGGAACCUGCGAUGUUGCGGAGUCAGUUCUCCCCCCGCGUCCAGCACUCGUCCGCUUGUCCUGCAGCGGCGGUAAUUGCUCCACCUCCGAUGUCGGACCCGUCGUCCAUCUUGAAGGAUAAUCAUCGGGCUGUGCUGUGCAAAUCGCUUCCCGCACUAUGCAGGGGAAGGAGCUGGGUUCUGCUGUACAGCACCGAGCGUCAUGGGAUUUCCCUCCACACUUUGUACCGGCGCAGUGCAUUGAUACCGGGUCCCACAUUGUUGGUCGUGCGGGACACGAAAGGUGCAGUUUUUGGAGGAUUCGCAUCGGCGCCCCUCAAGCCCUCCAGCAGAAAGAAGUAUCAGGGUGGUGCAGAGAGCUUUGUCUUCAAAGAAGUUGACGGAGAGCUGACGCUGUAUCGCCAAACAGCGGCAAACCGGUACUUCUAUCUGUGUGUGCUGAAUGGAUUCGCCUUUGUAUUCUCCUUUUUGUUUGUCAUUCUUGCAGCGGCAAACCGGUACUUCUAUCUGUGUAUGCUGAAUGGAUUCGCCUUUGGAGGAGGAGGCCACUUUGCGCUGCGGCUGGAUCCUGACCUAUUGGAAGGAACAAGCGAGGUCUGCGAUACCUAUGGAAGUCCAUGCCUGGCCUCUUCUGAAGAGUUUCAGAUCCGAACGGUUGAGCUGUGGGGCUUUGCGCACACUUCCCGGUAUAGCCCGCGUGCUUUCAAGCUUGAAGAAACGGAGUCUAUCAUCUUCCAUGGCUAUUGAACAAGUGUACGUGAUCCUGCCCCUCGGCCAGUGCCUUUCGGCCCCAUGGGUAUGUCCCGUGCUUCAUUUGCUGGCAAGCGGUUUCUUUUAGCAAGAAUGCUCACCUAGUUUCACUGCCUUCCGCUCGAAAGCUUCGGUUGGCAUUGAUGUUGGAGUGUAAGCCUUUGGAGCUGAGAUGCGAGAUGAGAAGUUGGUGCUGCUGUGAACUGGUUUCAAGUUUCGACAGUCAUGGUGACGGCUCUCUGAGAGGCGCAUAUUGUCCGGCAGUUGCGGGGGUAACUGCAAUAAUCAAAUGGUAUAAUUGUUUCAGAUCUAUGUGUUUAGGAACGGCGGUGGAUGCGUGUUGGCCUGCUGCGGAGUGGUUUGCUUGAUGAACUUCGAUCGCUCUGUGUACACGACUUUACAGCAUGGCUGCAAUUUCAUGCGUGUCAUGUCGCAAGACCGAGGUCUGAUGGGCAAGGAAUAAUUUGAUGAGAUCAUAAAUCAUGCUUGCAACUACAUUGGAAAGUGUGGUGUGGAGUAGCGAUCUGCCUUGCAUCACAGCUGAUGGGGUCCGUGGCAGUUGUGUGCCCUCCUGCUCUGCAGCAGCCGAUUGGGUCCGGUGGCAGUUGUGUGUUGGCCUCCUCUGCAGCAGCUGAUUCGGUCCGUGGCAGUUGUGUGUGCGCCUGCUCUGCAGCGCAUGACAUGUGGACACUGGUGGACGAUAUUACGGUGACAUCUGCGGGAGGGGUGCAGUUGUGGGUGAUGUUGACUUCAGCUUUUGGUUAACGUCAAUUUUGUUGCACGUGGCGGUGUGAUCAUCUUGUUGGUGCUGAUGUAGUUUGGUACAAGCUUUCCACAGUCAUUUCCUGGCGACAUUGCGAACUUGAAAGGUCCUAAAUGCUGAAGUCAUGAAGUGGGGAGCGCAUCAAUGCCGCUGGAUGUCGAUGCAGCAGCUGAAAUCCUCCUGGUUGCGUGAUUGAUUGACUGUGAGAAAGUGUCGACUUAUGCCAGGCAGUUCCCCGCUUUGCAGCAGGAUGGGGUGUGGUUCCCAUUCUGGGAGCCAUUCUUCCUUUGUGUGAAGGAAGGAGUCUACAGCUGGAGCAGCCACAGUUGUCCUUUCGCGGUGCACCUCAGUUUGCCGCAGGAUGGAACGCCUUUUAUUCUUUUGGCAGUCGCUCUUCCUUUUCGUGAAGGAAGCAGUUGGUGAUAUUAGGAACCGUGGAAGUUGGUCCUUUCACACCGUACUAGGGACCGUGUCCCGAAGAAGCCGCUGACCAGCUAGCUGUCCACUUGCAGAUUCCUGCAGCUGGAGCGAGAAGGCAAAUCUCCGAUUCAUGUUAGGGGUUUGGAGAUGCUGAAUCCUUGCCUGGAAGUGUGCUUAAACCGCCAGUUCACCCAAAGCAGAGUAUGCGUCUUCCUGGCUUACGGGCCGGUAGCGAACACAGCCGGCCAAGAAAAGGCGCAGUUGCAGGCCCGGGGGCCUUUGAAGGUUCUGAUGUUCUCAAUAAAACCACAGCCACAGCUCAGGGAUGACCUCUGGUACAGAACAGCAUCCAACAUGUUGGGCGUGUACGGUGCUCCCGGGAGUUGUAGUCAAAUUUCACUCUCUGGAUGCCGGUCGGCAUCAGGAAACAACUGGAAUUCGUGUCGGGGCCAUGGGCUUGCAUGCACCAAGUAGCUGAGGUUUUCCGAGGUUCAAACACACUGGGUUUUUGAACUGAACAUUUGGUGCUUGCUCUUCGAUCAGAUAGCCACAAUGGCAAUGUACGAACGGAAAAGGAGAUGAGUAGUCUGUCAUCUGUGGGGGAUAGUGAGACCUGCUGGUGCCGAUGGUGUUGACAUCUCUAUGCAUCGGUAUUGAAGUGAGGGUCGUUCACUAAAAAACCGCUCGAGCAUGGUUAUAGGUAAGACUUGCUGGCCCAAUAUUCUUUUUCGCAAUUUCUAGCAAAUUUCUUCUAUUGUGAUUGGAUAUGGCUGCGGGAGGGGGGAGGGGCAGGAGGGGGAGGGUGGAAGGGGGGGUUAUAUGGGAAGAAAGUGUGCAAAUGAUGCAAUCAGUUGGGUUUUCCAUCGGGCUCCUGCUUUGACAUCUGACCCAGGAUUUGUGAUCGGGCCCUCGGCCAGUAGUGAACGCGGAAUGUGAUUUUGAAAAAGAACAGUUAGAGGCUCGCGAGCCUUGCAAGGUAGCUUCUUGAACUUAGGCUCAUGUCAUAAAAUCCACUCUCUGGAUUUUGGUCGACAGUUUGUGCAACAAUGAUACACAAUCGGAUAGGGUAUUCAUCGGGCUCCUCCUGCUUUGAGUUCUGACCCAAGGUUCGUACUCAGGACAACCUUAGUUGUCCCUUGCCCUCUGAUAGCAGGAGUCAGCGCAUCAUCUUUAGUCCACAGCGCGAAGAUUGGGGAGCGAGCGACGGAGCGUGUGGAGAGAGUUGGUUGCCACAGUAGCAUUCCAGAAUCGUAUGGGCACUCAGGAGUCUGCGCGUCAUCUCUCUCUUGUCCACGGCGUGAGGAGAGGGGAGCCUGUCGAUGGAGUUGGUCGACACAGCGGCUGUGUUGUAUCAUUGCAGCAAGGCGUGGUGAAAUUGUCGUUGUGCUGACGAUUCAAUCGUUGGCGAAGGUGUGUGUCGUCGUGAUAUCCACUGAGCAUUCUUUGGUGGUGGUUGCCAGAUAAGAUCGGUAAGUAGACUGCCGUUGUUGUGGCGUUGAAACGAGGUCUCUUAAGGGGUAGUUAUGUAGCAAAUGCCUCUCUUUCUUUGUAUAUUUUUUUCUUAACAGAUGAAGGACGGAUGACCAGUUUUUUCGUAACAUAGGUGCAUGUGCACUCGCAUGGGGAAAAUAGUUUUGCCAUUGGACCAGGAGACUCAUCGCAGUAAUGAGCCGCUUAAAAAGCUAAAGAGUUUGGUCGGAUUUUGUACAUAUAUACUUGUGUCAAAUUUCUGAGGAGGGGGGGGGGGGGAACUGAACCACGGGCUGGCCUACAGUUGCAGUGGCAUUCUUUAGGGUGGGAGGAGGGGGAGCGUGUGGAGAGAGAGGCUGUGAGGACGAGGGGGAGCAAGUGGAGGGAUCCCAUGUGGGUGGUGUGUUGUAGUAUGAGAGGGGCUGCCUUGCCGAUGUUGCAGGCGUAAUUUCAGAUUUACACUGUUCGCCACGAAGAUUUAGACGAUUAGUCUGGAGAAAUUGGCAGCGACUCUUUUCAUGCUCGACAGCCUGUUCCCUCCAGUUGUAUCUUUUUCUAUCUCCUUUUCGAACGGGUCUUGCAGUCAAGUCCAAGCCUUGUGUUUGUCUGGUCAUUGUGUGCUUGUCCCACUUAUGUGCCGAAGGAUGGAAGUGACUUCAUCAUCAUAUUAAAAAAACGGGCGAUAGAGCUGUGUUGCUGAUCAGGCUCCAAUGCAGAGAAUUGACAGUGAGUAGGGCAAUACCUGAGGUUGUUGGUUUCAUGGUUUGCCAGCCUGAGUGCUAAACUGUGGUUUGCCAGUGUCAAGCCAUGUGUUGUGCGCUGUGGAUCAUAGUUAACCACGUGGUUUGCCAGUGCCAAACCGUGGGUUUGCCAGUGUUAAACCGUGGUUUGCUGGUGCCAAACGGUGGUUUUGCCAGUGUGAAACCGUGUUUUUUCCAGUGUUAAACCGUGGUUUUGCCAAUGUUAAACCGUGGUUUGCUAGUGUUAAACUGUGGUUUGCCAGUGCUGAGCCAUGCGUUGUGUGCUGUGGAUCAUAGGGAACCAUGUGGUUUGCCGGUGCCAAACCGUGGGUUUGCCAGUGUUAAACCGUGGUUUUGCCAGUGUUAAACCGUGGUUUUGCCAGUGUUAAACCGUGGUUUUGCCAGUGUUAAACCGUGGUUUGCCAGUGUUAAACCGUGGUUUGCCAGUGUUGAACUGUGGUUGUUUUGCCAGUGUUAAACCGUGAACCGUGGUUUGCCAGUGUUAAACCGUGGUUGCCAGUGCUGAGCCAUGCGUUGUGUGCUGUGGAUCGUAGUUAACCAUAUGCCAAG